UUUGACCGAAAACAUCGUAUGACCAACAUGGCGGAAGUAGCAGACGGCCUAGAGGACCGGAAAGCGCAGAUCCGAGAGCUGAGAGAGCGUUUUCUCCGUGAACAAUCCGAUGCCAUUACACAGAACGACCUGUUUGACCCUCGGGACAUUGCCAAGGUCAGGAAGGACGAUGAGUACUUACAGAACUUCCUGCUGGCCCGCCCCACGCCUGAGGCAGCCUACGACAUGCUGGUCAGCGCGCUGAAGUGGAGGAAGGAGUUCGGAGUUUAUGACAUCAGUGAGUCUAGCCUGCCUGUGUCCAUGUUUGAGAAGGGAGCCAUGUUCGCACACAAUGAGGACAAGGAGGGGCAUGCUAUCUUGGUAUUUGUUGCAAAGCUGCACAAGAAAGACUCGUCUAAGUACCAGGAACUGUGUCGGUUUCUGGUGUUCUGGCUGGAGAGACUGAGCACAAGGAACCCUGGGAAACAGAUGACCAUCCUGUUUGACAUGAUAGAAUCAGGGCUGGGCAAUAUGGAUAUGGACUUUAUUAGGUUCUUAAUCAACUGUUUCAAGAACUACUUCCCUAACAAGCUUGCCUACCUACUGGUCUAUGAGAUGCCAUGGAUUCUCAACACUGCCUGGAAGAUCAUCAAAACGUGGCUCCCGCCAGAUUCUGUCAAGAAGAUCAAGUUUGUGAACCGAAAUGAGAUUCAGCAGUACAUCGCACCUGACCAGCUGGCCACCCGUAUGGGAGGCAUGGACACAUUCCAGUACACAUACCCACCCCUGCCUGAUGAUGACCUGCCCAACCCCUCCACACCCAGGGGCACCCCUCCGGAGUCUCCCAACAUGGUACGGGCCAAUGGGGAGGUCACUAACAACCCGAGCACCAGAAAGGUGACAUUCUCAGCAGAUACAAAAGACAGCGUGCGGAGAAGACACAGUGACUCUGGUGCAGCAGGAGGGGACACCAAGUCCGACAAAGGGCCACUGACACCACCUAGCAGACAUCGACAGGUACAGCAGCUGCUGUCUUCAAGCAAGCGGUCAGCAGAGACAACAGCGCAUCAAGGACAACUUCUCAAGAUAUGUCCUGGAGAUAUGCUGGAGUUUGUGAAUGCUGAAGGUGCAGAAGUACAGCAGGUCCUAACUCUCACCAACACCACAGCCGGGACUGUGGCUUUCAAGGUGAAGACAACGUCACCUGAGAAGUACCGUGUGCGCCCCAGCUCAGGACCAAUUGCACCUGGAGUGUCUGUGGAUGUCAAUGUCUUUCUUCAGCCUGGUCAUCAGGCAUCCACAUCUCGUGACAAGUUCCUGGUGCUGUCCAUGGAGGUUCAACAGGAGGUGAAGAACUCUGCAGAGCUGACAGCACUCUGGAAGUCUGCAGCUAAGGGCUCUGUCAUGGAGCACAGACUGAGAUGCACCCACCUGACCCAGGAGGCGGCUGAGCUUCAGGAGGCCACACCCCAGGGAGACAUGGCACGGCUACAGAAACAGGUCCGAGACCUCGCCAUGACGGUCGGCACCAUCUCCAGCACGUCCCAGCGUCUGGAGGAGAACCUGUCCCAGUCUCUGCGCCUUCAGAAGCUGCUGGUUGUUCUGCUGUUGUCGCUGUCCUUGGUGCUGAUCUACCUGCUGUGGUCCGGUGGGGACAGCCCGACGUGUGACACGGCCAGUGUGACACAGCAGGCAGCGGGACACGCUGCACAUCACAGUUUGUGAACACCUCAAGGUCGGAUUCCCUUUACCAGGCUUCAGCACAGCUGUCACUGUAAGUGCCUCUGACAAUCUGGCCUUUGACUAGCACGUCAGCGGAACAUGCUACGGCUGCGCGAAACCUGGUAUGUAAUGUGCAUAGCACUUUUACAGAGCGUAUUGUCUAAGGAUGAUAUACUGUCUGUAGUUUUCAAAUGUGUCGAAAAAGAUAUCUUGCGCAAAGAACAAAAUUCUGAUGCAACAUUGACCAAACAUCUAGCAGAAACCAUGGUUUUGCACAAGAGAAAUAUGUUCUGCUGAUUUGCUCCACUGACUGCAGCACAUCACAAUGAGGUAGAUCCUGUUCUGUGAAAAAUAGAAAGGAGGUCAAGCUAGAUUGUCAGGGCACUUUGAAUGCAAGCUCUUUGAAUGCCUGAGGAGUGAUCAUGAAGUCACCCAGGGGUGUGUGUUAGGCAGGAGCCUGCCAAAUGUGUGCGGUUGUUCUUUUACUGAUAUUCACUACUGAAUCAUGAACUGUGUGCCACUUUGUAUUGACAGUCGUUUCUUUAGUAUAGUCUGAUGUCAUUCUAGUUGUAGAACCCUAGGACAAAGGUACACCCUCUUCUUGAAAUGACCGUACAUUCCGCAACUAGUUAAAAACAAAGGCUUGAAAUCAAAUAGAUUUUCCAAAUUCUUAGAGACUUUCCAACUCUAUUAAGUGUAGCUACAUAGCUACUCAUCAUGAGAAAAUGAUGAAAUCAUAGGCCAUUUGUAGCUCUUAGGUCAUUCCAGUUUACAAGUUGUUAGUAGCAGGAGAGUUAACAAAUAUCCGCUGUUCAACCCACCAAAGAGAUGAAAAUUUCAGUACCGACUGAGAUUUCCUCAGGAUUUUAAAAGUUGUUUUCAGGGGAGUUUAAAUACUUGACACGCAGGACUUCCUUAUUAGGCCACACCAGUUUAUUUCCUUGGUUCACAGACAUUUCAAGGUGGAAAUAUAGCCAGUUGGCAUCAUAAAAGCAGAGGACAGGGAGGAAAACUUUAAUAUGACAGUAUUCAAUCCAUAAAAUUAAGUGUACCCAUCAACCUAGUCCCCAAGCUUUGUUUUGGUUUUCCAGCAAAGCAUAUCUUUAAAAAAAACGAGAACCAACAAGUUAAAUUGGUGUGGCCUCAAUGGAGUAUAACUACUCAAUAAACAAGACUUCCUCACUACAUAUCAAAGUGAUUUGAGUAACAAAAGUGUGGGAUGGAUUUUUACAUGUGGACAUUCCGUUUGAAAGUGGAGGUUCUAGGAGGCACUCUGGCUAUUUCUUAGAAAGACUUUUUUAGGACACAAGGAAACCAAGACAUUCUAUUUUACAGACUGUAGUAUUAUCAAAACUUCUUUUCCUGUUUGAUACAUUGUUGUGAGGAAAGUUUAAUACUUUACAUACAUUCAAAUGAUAUUGUCUUUGACAUAAGGCCAUGUUGAUUUGAUUAUAUGGAUGACAUCCGUGCGCGCAUGAAUUUUCGGCCGUUUCCAAAAAAAAAAAGUUU